GCGAAAGGCUCCCGCUGGCACGGGUACGCGUUGACUCGAGACGACAUCGGGUCGAACAUCUUCAUCAAUGGCGGAACGGUCACGGUCGGUGCUGAGGCGCGAACGGACAUCGACCCUGGGUACGCUCUGAACGGCCUCAGCGCGCCGAUGUCUGAUUGCACGGACGUGCAAACACCGUUGUGGGCCUGGCAGGCCACUCCCUGCACCACCAAUGGGGGCGUUCAUCUCAAUAACUGGUGUAAGUACGACCCCGAGUGGGUCGCCGGCAAGCACUGUCAGCAGAGCUGUUUUGACUCGGGCAACGGCUACGACGGGGACGACUGCUCGGGCGGUUGGCAGCGCCGGGAGGGCUUCGGCGGCUUCGUCUGCCUGGUGGAGGAGGCGGUCGGCGGGGUGGUCGCACUGGGCACGAGCCACGCCUGUGGGCCUGGGGAGAAGAUCUUCCUGUACAACCCCCGCAUCUGGUUCGCGGACGCGUCGGUGGCGGUGCCCACCUCCCUGCCCUUCGAGGUGGCCGCCUGGCGGCCAGGGCUCCUGUCCCUGGGGGCGGACGCGCCCGGCUGUGACCUCGGCAUCAAGGGGUUCAUGCUGAAGGACGGGCUGUUCUACCGGCACCAGACCAGGCCACCCAGACGUGC